AUGUGUUUACGACAGUCGGAUCUUCCUAGAGGAUCCGGCAUUGUGACCAGACGACCACUGGUGUUGCAACUCGUUAACCGACCCGCCCUUGUAAAGAGCCAGCCAAAUGGAACUUCGGAAGAGAAGCAAAUCGAAACCACCGACAAGGAGUCGAAUCUCGACGAAUAUGGAGAGUUUCUACAUAUCCCGGGCCAGAAAUUCUAUGAUUUCAACAAAAUAAGAGAGGAAAUUGUUCGAGAGACCGACGCCAAAACCGGCCGUAACGCAGGCAUCUCGCCUCAGCCGAUCAAUUUACGAAUCUUCUCCCCGAAUGUGCUGACGCUGACUUUGGUCGACUUACCCGGUCUGACCAAGGUGCCAGUUGGAGACCAGCCCAAGGAUAUUGAAAAACAAAUAAGAGAGAUGGUUCUAAAACACAUCAGCAAGCCGAAUGCGAUUAUUCUUGCCGUCACCGCCGCUAACCAAGACCUGGCUAAUUCCGACGGUUUAAAGUUGGCUCGUGAGGUAGACCCAGAGGGCCAACGGACAAUCGGUGUUCUCACCAAAGUCGAUCUUAUGGACGCAGGAACGGACGUUGUGGAUAUCCUUGCUGGUAGAAUUAUUCCGCUACGCCUGGGCUACGUUCCGGUGGUCAACAGGGGUCAACGAGACAUUGAGAAUAAGCGGCCAAUAUCCUACGCGCUCGAACAUGAGAAGAACUUCUUUGACAAUCACAAGGCGUAUCGAAGCAAAUCGUCUUAUUGCGGCACUCCGUACCUGGCCAGGAAGUUAAAUCUGAUUCUAAUGAUGCAUAUUAAACAAACUCUCCCCGAUAUCAAAACCCGCAUCGCAUCCUCGUUGCAAAAAUAUACCACCGAAUUAAACCAGCUGGGCGAUUCGAUACUCGGGAACAGCACCAACAUUGUCCUAAAUAUUAUCACUGAAUUUAGCAACGAAUACCGAACCGUUCUAGACGGAAAUUAUCAGGAGCUUUCCAGCAUCGAACUCUCCGGCGGUGCUCGUAUCAGUUUUGUUUUCCAUGAGCUCUAUUCCAACGGUGUCAAGGCUGUUGAGCCGUUUGAUCAGGUGAAGGAUAUUGAUAUUCGCACCAUCCUUUACAAUUCUUCCGGCUCAUCACCCGCCCUGUUCGUCGGCACCACUGCAUUCGAGUUGAUUGUGAAACAGCAAAUUCGAAGGUUAGAGGAACCUAGCUUAAAAUGCGUGUCAUUGGUGUAUGACGAGCUUGUUCGCAUUUUGGGCCAGCUGUUGAAUAAACAGCCCUUCCGAAGAUAUCCUCAACUCAAAGAAAAGUUCCAUGCUGUUGUCAUAGCAUUUUUCAAGAAGGCUAUGGACCCAACGAAUAAACUUGUCAGAGAUCUCGUAGCCAUGGAGUCCUGCUAUGUUAACACGGGGCAUCCUGACUUUAUCACUGGCAACAGGGCCAUGGCCAUUGUUCAGGAACGUCACAAUGCCGGUAAACCGACGCAAGUUGAUCCUAAAACUGGCAAACCACUACCUAUUUCUCAACAACCACCUCGUUCCGCAAGCCCGUCCCUAGAGGUUGCAGAGAAUUCUGGAUUUUUUGGAAGCUUUUUCGCUUCCAAAAACAAAAAGAAGAUGGCUGCAAUGGAGGCUCCGCCCCCAACGUUGAAAGCUUCCGGUACUCUCUCAGAACGAGAAAGUUCCGAAGUCGAGGUUAUCAAAAUCCUAAUCAACUCUUACUAUAACAUCGUGAAACGAACGAUGAUCGACAUGGUUCCGAAAGCUAUCAUGCUUAAUCUCGUGCAAUUCACCAAGGACGAAAUGCAGCGAGAAUUGCUUGCAAAUAUGUACAAGUCCGAAGAGCCCGAUGACUUGCUCCGCGAGAGCGAGUAUACGAUUCGCCGCCGAAAGGAAUGUCAGCAAAUGGUUGAAAGUUUGACCAAAGCAAGCGAAAUCGUCAGCCAGGUACAGUAA